CUCUUAAAUCUGGUCAAGCGUUCGAGGAAUAACGAAAAGGAAGCCAAAAUGUUCCGAUUACUUUUUUCACUGAGUUUUGUUUUUGUCUUGGGUUUUCAGGCAACCUCGCAAAGCAAAUCAAGCAAACAGAACUCUGCAAAUGUUACACAACGAAGGCGGUAUGGAAAGGCUGUUUCAAAGGAAUGCUGUAACUGUCGCGAUGGUAGAGACGGUCGAGAUGGGAAAAAUGGAAUGGAUGGCCGCGAUGGACGCGACGGAAAAAUGGGAGAAAAGGGGGUCAAAGGCGAAGUGGGCAUUCAAGGAAAAGACGGAAUUGAGGGGAGAAAGGGUGAAAAAGGCGAACCGGGUCCGGAAAGUAAAUCACCUCAAGGUGUAAUCAAAUUCGGUGACACCGCUGCGAAAUGUACCAGGCGUACUGCUGGCACUGUUCGCUACAAAGUCCCCCAGAAUGCCUUACUGCUCUGCGAUGGAAGCAAUUGGUUGCGACUGAUGACUGGAGGGAAAGGUCACAUGGCCAGCACACCUGGCCGUCACUGUAGGGAUAUCCUAAGAUCAGGUGGAAGCCAUGGUAGCGGACUUUACUGGAUCGACCCAAACGGAGGAUCGACAGGUGACUCCUUCCAGGCUUUUUGCGACAUGGAGACAGAGAAUGGAGGUUGGACAUUAGUUGCGUCAAAGUUGUCACUAAAGUUCCUCUUUAUCAAAACAGCGUUCUCACCAUCGGCCGCUAAAACUAAGUAUGCAGAUGCAGCGAGUCACAUUCACCCUGAUAUGGGGGACUGGGAAGAGGUCAUGUUCCCGUUUAGUGACGUUAAUAACAUCCGAGUUAUUUACAACAGGAAGGCUGGUGCUCCAAAUAAGGACAAAACAGAGUUCGACAGGUACUUGAUGGGUAAAACUUAUAAUAAAAUUAAGAAAAUCCCGGGGUUUUACAAGUACAGCCCUGCAGGUCACAAUAAGAGAAAUCCGACCGUAGGUUUUUACAAAAUCAAGGAGUUGGCUAUCUUUACGAAGUACGGGCUUUCUGAGGACCAUAUUGGCACAGACAAGUGGAUCGACAUGUGGAGUGAUGCUGAAAGCUCAAACAACUACGUCACUUCCGACGACAGCCGGGCGAUUGGUACCAAGUGUAUUGCGGGUUACUGUUAUCUGAACAAGCCAAUCUGGGUGAUGGUGCGAUAGAAAUAAACUGUAGUUGAAAAUUAAGAAACGGCUCUGUCAAGUUUUUGUGAGGUGUUGAAACAUAAAAGAGAAACAAUGUUAAGACAGGAAAGCUUUGUUGUAGUUGUAUCAAGAGCUAGGAAAUUAGUGUGAAAACGUUUUGGAUAAUUGUAGGUCGGGGAUUGGACAAGGAGAAUAAAUACUGUUGAAACAUUUAA